CCAACCACGUUUGGUCCGGACCAAAGGACCAAACGGACCAGGUUCGGACCUUUUGGGAUGGUCUGAAUACAAACCAGCGAAUCCUGGUCCGGACCAAACAAGCGGACCGAGACCGAGCUGAAAGGUCGGACUCGGUCCGGAUCAAACGAACCCUGGUGCGGACCUUUUGGAUGUGUGAAAGCAGACCGGACCUAAUCCCAGACUUUUUGCUUUUUUGUACCUCGGGAGCUUCCGUCGUUUGUCGAGAUUCAUGGGAAACAGAGUGUAAACAACGCGACUCCACAACUUGUCAGGUCCUGGUGUUGCUAGGUAACAUAGUAUAAACCGACCGGCCACUUUGUUGUCCAACGUUUAGGGGAAAAACAAACAAACAAACAAAAAACAAUGAGUAGGGGACAGACCUGGGCAGAUGAGGAGACCCGUGCUCUCGUCGACAUUUGGUCGGAUACCCAAAUUUCGGAUAUGUUGGAGCAUACGCACAAAAAUGCCGACGUAUUUGCUAUAUUUUCAGAGAAACUACGAAAGGAAGGGUUCAGCCGGUCACCGGAGCAGUGCAGGCUGAAAUUAAAAAAACUCCGACAGACAUAUCUAAAAAUCCGCGACACACUGGCAAAAAGUGGCAGCUCCAGUGACGCAAAGUUAAAGUUCAAGUACUUCGAUGACAUCGACGCUAUUCUCGGGACAACUCCGCUUGCUUCGCCGGUAGACCUCGUAGAGGGGACCCUGCCGGCACCGGCGAGAAGUGAGAAUGGCAACCGCCAGCGGAGCCCACCAUCAUCACCUGCUAGCGUUGUGCCAGUUCCCGCAGAGGAGGUCGAGGAUUAUUUGAACGACAUGCCAUCCAGUAGAAAAAUAAGCAUUCCCGGAGCAAAAGCCAGGCAGCAUUUGGGCAGAAAACGUAAGGCUGCUGCACAGAGUGAGGAUGCGCAGGAUUUUUUGAAGAGGCAACAACAGCAGCUUCAGCAACUGAUGGAUGCGGAGAAAGAGCGUCAGGAGAAGGAAGACACGUAUUUGGAAAAUUUCCUCAGGGCACAGCGGGAGGCAGAGGAAAGGCGAUAUGAAAUGAUGAGAGCCCAAAUGAGUGAGAAUAACAACAUGUUCCGCUUACUGUUUAGUGCCAUGUCCAACAAUCAACAACAGCACCCACAUCUUCCACCACAGCACCCACAAGGUCCACCACAGCACCCUCCAGUAAAUUACUGGAUGCCUAACCACCCAGGCCCAGCUCUGGCAAACACUGGUCCUACCUGGCCCACUACUGGAGCAAAUGAAAUCUCAGAAAUUCUGCAUCAAGUCAAUAGUAGCCAUCUGUAUGAAUGAAAUGUAAUACCUUUUAAUGCAUUGAAAAUAUUUAUUUUGCCACCUGUAUGAAAAUCGU